CGCAAAUUUUGCUCGUCUCCAGCGAAAACGUAAAUGCGAAAGGCAGUGGAAGAAAAAAAUUUAAAACGAAACACGAAAAAAUUGCAAAUUAGAUGGGAAAUUCAAAUCAGAAAUUCAUUACAAGUUAAGAAAAACAAUAAGCAAUCCCACAACGCAUUUAAAGAGAGUUAAAGUAUAUUGAAAUUGCGUCGCCAAUUUAUGAAAAGUGCUUUAGUGCGUGGUAAUUGCGUAUUAAAAACAACAAUAGCAACAACAACAACAGCAACAAAAACAGCGCGCAAACAAACUGCAAACGCUGGCAAAAAUUGAGAAACUGAAACCGAAAGUGAAAAAGGCACAAGAAAAAAGAGCAAUUGCAGCCAGAGACAGCAGCAACAGCCACAAAAAGAAGGAAAUAACUUUUAUUACAUGGGUUUAACAGAUCAAGAUUGGAUUGGCAGUGCGGUCAGCUUGACCUGCGACGAAGAGCUGGGCGUGUUUCAGGGAUUGAUUAAGAAGAUCUCCGCCGAAGAGAUAACGAUUGUGCGCGCAUUUCGCAACGGUGUUCCAUUGCGCAAACAGAACGCCGAAGUUGUGCUGCGUUGCACCGACAUCAAGAGCAUUAAUCUUAUUGAGCCGGUCAAGGAUAUUGAGACGACGACACCAACGGUGAUUAACAAGCCGACGCCAGUUAAAUUGCCGCAUUUCUCCAACAUUCUUGGCAAACAGCAGCAGCUGUUGCAACAGCAACAACAACAGCAGCAGCAACAACUACAACAGCAGCAGCAGCAACUUCAACAACAACAACAGCAGAAGCAACAGGAGCGGGAGCAGGAGCAACAAGCGACGCCCAGAACCAAGAGCAAUGGGCACGGUUACGCCAACAGAAAUGGCGGCGGAACAGCGAAUUCCGCGCUGAGUGAUAAAAUGCAACAGCUUAUGCUGACUACGAAUGCCAAUGGAGCUAAUGGCAUGCGAAGGACACCGCAGAGCUCACGUGCACCGAGCGCACAGCAGCAGCAGUUGGCGACGACCCCGAAUAGCGUGGCUGCCUUUUUUGGCAACAUGAUACCGGCAAAGGUGGAGGUGAAGCUGGGCAGCUCGGCUUAUCAACCCAGCAGUGGUAACUUGGAGAGCUACUGCAGCAGCAGUGUUGACAGUGGAGAAGCAGCAGCUGGCAGCAGUCGUCCCAUUGAUAUAAUAAGCAAUAGCAAUGGCAACACCAAUGGCAGCUAUUAUCAUCAAGGCGCUAGCCAGAGCAAUGGUAAACGGAAUGGAAAUGGUAAUGGAAAUGGAAAUGGCAACGGCAGUUUCAACUCGAAUUCCUUUACUGCCAAUGGAAAUGGUAAUGCGAAUGGUAAUGGCAAUGGCAAUGGAAAUGGCAAGAAUAAGCAGCGUAAUCGUGUGCGUCGAGAGAGCAGCAUGCGGCAGCAACAGCAGCAGACUUUUGGCAGCGAAGCCGAUGAUCCACUUUUGCACGAAGACUUUGACUUUGAGGGCAAUCUGGCUCUCUUCGAUAAGCAGGCCAUUUGGGAUGAUAUUGAGUCGACUUUCCAAAAACCGGAUGUUGUGCGUCAUGCUGUCCACGUACAGAAGCAACCCCAUCAUCAUCAUCAGCAGCAGCAGGAGAAGAAGUAUCGACACGACGAGAACAUUUUAGCUAGCGAGCCGUUGCAGCUGCGCCAGAUCGAGAGCAUUUUUGAUGGCAGCAAGGAUUUCGUCACCGAUGAUGGCCUCAUCAUACCUACCAUUCCGGCCUAUGUGCGCAACCGCAUCGAGAUGAGCGCCGAGAAGGCGGGUCUAUCGCUUCAACGUCAAAUUGAUAUCUUGGCACGUGGCGCCAGCGAUUUGGCCAUCACAUUGCUUGGAGGCGCUCGCCGUUUGACACCGGCAAACAAUCAUCAGUGGCCAAAGAUUGCCAUCAUUUGUGACGGCGUCAACACGAUGAGAACCAUCAACAUUGGAGCUGCUACAGGACGUCUCUUAGCGUCCCAUGGACUAACUGUUCUUCUCUAUGUGGAGCAGGCGCAGCUCAUUGAACAAAACAGUAGCCUGGAAAUAUCCUUGUUCAAGGCUACUGACAACACUGUAGUACAUUCAGUUGAUGCAAUGCCAACACCGGAUCUUGUGAUACUAUCGACAAAUACCGCCAAACUUUCGGAUGCAAUCAAGAAAUGGCUCAGCGUUAAUCGUGCUUCGGUGCUUGCCAUUGAUCCGCCACCGUGUGGCAUUGAGGAUGUUGCUAUCAAGUACUCAAUAUUACCAAUAUUACCAUUAACCCAAGAUUCAAGCACUUCGGCUGCCGCAGUGGCAACGGAGAAAGCAUCAACGAAUAAUUGUGGCAAACUGUAUUUAUGUAAUUUAGGUAUACCAGAUAAAUUUUAUCGUGAUUGUGGCAUUAAGUACAAAAGUCCGUAUGGACAUAAAUAUGUGAUACCGAUUCACUCAAAGGACUGAAACAACGACAACACAACACAACACAAGCACAGACAAACAAUAAUAAUACACAACAACAAACAACAAAAACAAUCAACAGCAUAAACAUUAAGCACCAAUAAUCCAAUAAAACACACAAUACAAUAAUUAUCAGUAAAAGUAUAACAGAAAAAUGAAAAAACACCCAAACACACAUGUGAUUAUCAUCAAAGUCCUGUUUCCUGUGAAUCUAGCCUAGCAGUUAGAAGACUCUCAUAUAACUCAAUUUAGUUUUUAUCUACGGCGCAUAUACAUUCAAUGCAUUACAAACUACAUACUUACAUAACAUAUACAUAUACAUAUUUAUUAAGUUUAAGCCUAUAGUUUACUCAUACACACUUUCCUUUAAUUGUCAAUCAAGAGCUGCCCUAGUUUAGUGCCGAACUACAUUUAAAAACUGUAUACUAUUUAUUCGAAAUCCCUUUAUUCUUGUAUAAUCAACAUGAACCCCAUGAGCCCCAAAGGCAAGUCCAGCAUUAACUAACAUUUUGUUUGGGAGCUCGCUUAAUUUGCCAAUUUUCCUGCAUUUCUUAAUUUUUAAUAGAACCAAUUUCUUCCAUUCUCGAUGCUCCCAUUCACAACCAUUAUCAAAGCAAAACAAAAUAAUCAAAAGUCUAUAGUUUUAAUCUUUUAUUUUGAACUGGACAAAACAUACCACACAAACCCCUCAAGAAAAACAAGAAAAACUUUCAUAUUUGAAAAACAAAUCAAAAUGAUUGUAUGUAAUUGUAUAAUUGCAUAAUUGUUUGUGUAUGAAAUGAACUCAAUUGAAUUAUUUUAGUUAAAUUGAGCCAAGUAUGCGCAAUACAUGCCAAAUUAAAUGUCUAUUUUUUAAGCGUAAUGAAAACAAAAAACCACUAGCGACUAUUAUGAUAAAUUGAUAACAAUACAAUUACAAAUUACAAAUCAGAUUCUUAAGUUAGUUUCGUAAGCUUCAAACGUGUUUAUCACCAACACAAAUAACAUCAUCAACAACAACAAAAACAACGGAAACAUCAAACACAUAGAAAAGAAACUUAUUUGUAUUUAGAUAUAGUCUAUAAGCAUUCUAUAUGUAAGAUGUAAAGUCGAAGAAACAAAACCUUAUUUUGUACUCCCAUCGAAUACUGUAAAGUGACAAAAAGCACACAAAAUAUUCAAAAUCAAAUGUAUCGCGAGAUGAGUUUUAUAAACAUCAAUUGAUUAAGUACUACUAUAUCAUAAUCCGAUCUAAUAGUGAAAAUGUUAGCCUUUGCAAAACUCAAUAUCGCAAACCAAAAAACCUUAACUAAUUGUUGUAAAAAUAUUAUUAUGUAGAUUCUAAAUUCCAAUUGUUGAUGAUCAAUCUGCAAAUAUUAAUUUGCAUAUUAAUUGUUUCACUGUUUGUUUUGAAGAAACGAAGAAGAAAACAAAGCAAAGACCCCAGAAACAAGCAGAAAAAAAAAACAAAAUAAAAAAACUGACG